UAAACAUAACCUCGCAUAGAACUAACAUAGAAAAUUUUAAGUAUUUCCCAAAGUUUUCAAGCGUAGCUCGACGUAUUUCGUAAGCCGUAGAUGUUAAACUUACCACUGUAUUUAGUUCGCACAUUAAAACCAGUCAGUAGUUCAAAUUCCUACGUUAGAUAUCCCUCCUUGUACAUAGAAAACAAAAGGAAUUUCAAAUGUUACUUAUACGACCCCACGCACACCUUCAAUGCAGGACAAAACUAAGUAAAAUUUAACAAAGUGCAAUAAAACCACAUAUACUAUAAAAUUAAAACAAAUAGCAUUGAUUAAAAAAAAUUCGCAAAAAUAUUUUUUGUAUUUUAUUAAAUUUUUAAAGAAAUAAAAUCGGCGUAAAUUUUACACCGCCGCAGUCAACGAAUUCCAGCAAACUCACCAAAAGUUAUUAGCUCCAUCGAUACCACUUUAAAUAUAAAUACUUAUACAUAUAUAUAUGUGAAUGUGUAUGUACUAUGUCAGUGUAUUCGCAUGUGUGAGUGACACUAUCAAGGCGUUCAGCAGCCCAUAGCUAAAAACAAGUGAAAUGAUUUAAAUGAAAUUAGAAACCCCAAAUUACUCCCUGAUGUCUAUAAGUCUAAGUCCGUUCACUUGCUAAGUAUAUUCACAUACAUCCAUACAGACAUACGUACAAUGUACCUACAUGCAUUUUGCAUUGCUCUCUGCGCAUAUUGAUGUGUUAAAUUAACAAAAAUUGCGCAGCCAAUUAGAAAGUGAAAAAGUAUGGCUGGUUUCGAUUCGCACGAUGAGGCCAACACGGAGCUAUUGGAGAAACUAAAGCAUUUGGAUGUGCGCGGCAAGCCAGAGGAGCGUAAGGGCGGUCGCAGUUGUAAAGGCUGUUGGAAGUCGAGUAAAUGGAAAUCGGCGCUAAAUCACAUUGGCCUAUUGAUAUCGCUGUCAAUCUACUGCGGAGCCGGUGGACUGGUCUUCCGUCAGCUGGAACGUCCCGCGGAACUGGAACGUUUGGAGUAUUUGAAAGCCGUUGUGAAGACACAUCGCGAAAAGUUCAUCACCACCAUUUUAAAUAAUACAGAUGUGCUAAAUCUGGAUGAGCUAAUAGCGAAAGAAUUAGCCAAAUAUGAGGUGGCUGUACAGGAAGCCGCUGAAGGUGGUCUUCUCAUUGAGGCCGAUAAAGACUUUCCAGAGCCCUACGAGCGCUGGAGCAUUUUACAAGCUGUGUUCUUCUCCUCGACUGUGUUAACGACAAUAGGUUAUGGCAACAUAGUGCCCGUAACGACGGGCGGACGUGUUUUCUGCAUCUGCUUCGCUCUGAUCGGCAUUCCAUUUACGCUUACCGUCAUCGCGGAUUGGGGUCGCCUCUUUGCGACGGCCGUCUCAGUGAUGGGCAAAUACAUGCCUAAAGUACCGAAUUUCACAAAUUUCAUCGGCAAAACAUGGUUUUAUGCCGUUUUGGCGGUUUGUUUCUUGGGCGUCUAUUUGGCUGCGGGCGCCUGGUUGUUGCUGCUCUGGGAAGAUGACUGGACAUUCUUUGAUGGCUUCUAUUUUUGCUUCAUCACAAUGACAACCAUUGGUUUUGGUGAUCUGGUGCCGAAGAAGCCAAAUUACAUGCUGCUCUGCACUUUGUACAUUCUCAUUGGUCUGGCGUUGACCUCCACCAUUAUCGAGUUGGUGCGCCGGCAAUAUGCCACCAGUUGGGCGAAGCUGCAAGAGCUUUCCGGUCCGAUGGCCGAGACUUUGCGGCGACUGGGUGAAACUGCGGGCUAUGGCUUGGACUACAUGGCAUUGCAGAAAGUCUUAACGGUUUCGAUGCCCAAAUGGAAUACUGGCGCAAAAAAGGAUCCCAGCACCGACAUUGCCGCACUGGAAGCUAUCACCAAUGCCCUACUCAAGGAAGUCAAGGAGGCGCAAGAGAACAAACCAAAAGUCUUAAAAAUCGUCAUCUACGAAACAUCGGUCUAGGCUAAGCAACGGAAUUAUUCAC